UGUGUGUGUGUGUGUGUGUGUGUGUGUGCGUGUAUCUAUGUGUGUGUGUGUGUGUGUGUGUGUGUCCUGCGAAGGACCCGUUGAGCACGUGUCUCUGGCUCUUCUCUCGCCCUCCCACAGUCAUCUCCAUUUCGAUGUGAAUGUCGAUGUCAUACACAAGCACCACGCCACAGCGUACGCGCUACACGCCACAAACGAGCGGAUACACUCCACGAACGAGCGGCAACCGGUACCGCCGGCACCCCACGUCAGGGUCGAGCAGCGGUCGGCUCGGCAACAGCUAUCGCACGCCGAGUCGCCUGUCGUCGGCCGGGUCGUUCCACGCAGCGACGGCGAGCCUGCCAGCAGCCACGGGAGGCUUGUGCACGCCGUCUGUGCGGCAGCGGCGGACAGUGCGGUCUGCACGGCCUGCGCGGUCUGCGCGGCAGCCUUUGCACCACCUGCGGGUGCCGUCGUAUGACUUGGGCGGAGGCGACAGCGCCGGGCUAGCGGUUCUUGGCCAGCGGGCCGGGCGGCGGAAUGUUCACGAAGAUUCGGGCGAAGCCGAUGACCACCGGCCGACGGCGGCGGCGAUUGUGCGCGCACCUGCUGGCGAGCAGGCGCAGUUUGGAGACGUUGUGGAGGCGUCGCGGGCGCCGGCGGUGCAGCGGCCAGAUGUCGGCGUGGACGUUACGCGCGGACGCAGUCGGCAGGGGCGGCGGGCGGCGGACCCGUGGGAGAUGCCGUCGAGCUCACUGGUGCCGUGGUCCGGGGGAAGCUCGCCGUUUGCGGCGAUGGAGGUGAUGAUGAGCAACAUGAUGCGGGCGUUCGGGUCUAUGGGUGUGGGCGAGGAGCUGGCACCGGCGCUCGGCGGCGGCGGCGGCGGCUUCUCGUAUUGCUCGUCGUCGGUGUACGUGUCGGGCGGCAGCGAUCCGAGCAAGGCGUACUACGAGACGCGGAGCGUGGCACGCGGGCCCGGGUACGAGCAGAGCGCGCGCGCGGUUCACGAUCCGCAGACCGGGACGGCGCAGGGCGUGCGGCGACGGAUGGGCGAAACUGGAUACGAGGUCAUCCGGUCGGCCGAUCUUGCCGGCAACGUCGAGACGCAGCAAAACUACGUCAACAUGACGGCCGACGAACUGGAUGCGUUCGAGUCGCGGUGGGCGGCGAGUGCGCAUGCCCACGCGUCGCGCUACAUGCUCCCGUCGAGCGCCAGCGGCUCGCAGCGGGCGUAGAUGCGCUGCGCGCGCCACAGAGCUUUACUCCAACUUCUCGGGCGGUAAACACGAUUUUGGCUACUCGA